AUGAAGUUCUCCACCGUCGCAGUUCUAUUCUUAAGCAGUGUCGUGACUGCACUUCCCCAGCCCUUGGCUGGCAAGGAAGCCAUCUCGGACCUUCAGGCACGAGUCGCCUCGAACAACCCCGGUGGCGACGUAGGCGGCGCUAUCCUUGUCGACAGAGACCUUGAACAAGAUGACGAUGAGGGCCAGGAAAUCAACACAUUGGACACGAGAGAACCAAAGCAAGGUGGAAAUGGAGGUGGUGGUGGCUCAAGCUUGAUCGAGCAGCUCCAGAGCACCUUUGACCGCAACAACCCCAACGGAACCCCCACAGCACCCGGUGACCCGGCUGAUCUCAACGGCGACGGUGUUAUCAACGUUUUCGAGGCUGGUGCCCAAGCAUCCUAG